AUGGCCUCCGGCCGGCCUAAUCGCCGCCUCUUCUCCCCCAAGGCUACCAACGCCAUCUGUAGGCCACUAUUCCCGAUAAACUGCCCGCCGCCUCCUUCUCCUUGCCCUCCUCUUCCUCCUCCACCUCCUCCUUGCCCUCCUCUUCCUCCACCUCCUCCUUGCCCUCCUCUUCUCACUGUUUCCGAGGAAUCCACCACCAUACGCUUCCACCACUCCAGAUCCAUCGUCCCCGCCCUUUCCGUCGCCGCCGCCUCCGUUGUCUCCGUCUCCGCAAUCAUGAUCCUUCUCACUCUCCUCCUAAUCCGCCUCCGGCGCCGUUCUUCCGCCGCUCGGGAAGACCCUGUCGCCGCCGCGGCGCCGCUCGAGGACGAUGAUGGCGGAGAUGGCGAUGGUGAUGGCGAAGAAGUGAUGCACCACGUCUGGUACAUACGAACCGCCGGCCUGGAUGAGUCCUUCAUCGAGUCCAUCACCGCGUGGGCCUACAAGGCCGGCGACGGCGUCCUCGGAGCCUCCGCCACGGGCUGCUCCGUGUGCCUCUCGGAUUUUCGCGACGGCGAACUCGUCCGCCUCCUCCCGAAGUGCGAUCACGCCUUCCACCUCGGUUGUAUCGAUACAUGGCUACGAUCCCACGUCAAUUGCCCCCUUUGCCGAGCUCCAAUCUUCGCACCAACCUCCGUUACCGCAGCUACUACGCCCUCCUCCUCUUCUCUACCCCCACCUGAAUCCGGCGUGGUUCUCGCCGGCCCCAAUACGGUCGCAUCAGCAGACGACGACCAGAUGGCCGGCCGGCAAAUCGAUCUCAGUCCCGGUACCUCAGAAGAGGAACUCGAAGGUGAAAGAUCAGAACUUGAAGCUGAAAAUCGAGCCGUAGCAGUCCCCAUCCCAAGCGCCGAGUUGCAAGUACCUACCGACAUCGGUGAAGAUGAAUUCCUGCCCAUCAGGAGAUCGUUCUCCGUCAAUUCGAUUUCCCCGGAGCUGGAAGGAAGUCUCAGGAACAUCAACAACAAGAAAAAGCAAGCCUUGGAGGAAAAUUCGCAUGCUCGAACCACAACCAGGGCAAAGCAUGCCCGUCAUGCCAGCUCUUUCCGCAAGGAAAUGGGAAGAUCCUUAGCAAGUGCUAGUGAGAGGUUCAUCUUCUCUGUAAAUGGGCGAACUCGAAGCUCAGUUUUUCCACAGUAA